AGAAACUGAGAUUGAGAUUCUCAAAUGAAAAUCGAGUCAAGAGAAAAUUUGUUAUAAUGUUGCACCAAGACAAGAAUGUAGUCGACGGAGUUGACUUAACUCCAGCAGCCAACGACGACGAACAUUUCGACAGAGCCGCGGAACUGAAACUCUUCGACGAUACAAAAGCCGGAGUGAAAGGCCUAGUCGACAGCGGCAUAACCCAAAUACCGCGAAUAUUUUACCGACCGCCUGAUGCCAGCGAGUCCCCUGCUCCCGGAGACAUCGAACUGAGCAUUCCAGUGAUAGACCUCGAAGGCAUCGACAUAGAUUCAUCCAAACGAAGAGAUGUCGUCUACAAAGUCCGAGAAGCCUCUGAAAAAUGGGGUUUCUUCCAAUUGGUCAACCAUGGAGUUCCAGUGAGUGUUCUGGAUGAGAUGAAAAACGGGACACUAAGAUUUUACGAACAAGAUACCGAAUUGAAGAAGCAAUUUUACACUCGCCACAACACAAAAUCCAUUGUUUACAACAGUAAUUUCGAUCUGUUUACUGCACCAGCCGCUAAUUGGAGAGACACAUUCCUCUGUUUCAUGGCUCCUAAUCUUCCAAACCCACAAGACUUGCCUGAAAUUUGCCGAGACAUCCUGUUCGAGUACUCAAAAGAAAUGAAGAAAUUGGGGAUAAUGUUAUUUGAGUUGCUUUCGGAGGCUCUUGGCUUGAAUACAAAUUAUCUGAGCGACAUCGAAUGCGACAGGGGACUAGCUGUUCUGUGUCAUUAUUAUCCAGCAUGUCCACAGCCAGAGCUCACUUUAGGUACAACAGAACACGCCGAUAAUGAUUUCUUGACGGUGCUUCUACAAGACGACCAAAUCGGAGUUCUUCAAGUUCUUCACCAGAAGAAGUGGGUUGAUGUUCCCCCAAUUCCAGGGGCCUUGGUCGUCAACAUUGGGGAUCUUCUGCAGCUGAUUUCGAACGAUCGGUUCAAGAGCGUGGAGCAUCGAGUGCUAUCGAAUCGUGAAGGUCCAAGGGUUUCAAUUGCGAGCUUUUUUGGGAUCGGGGUUUAUCCAACAUCUCAAGUUUAUGGACCCAUAAAGGAAUUGUUAUCGGAACUAAAUCCUGCCAAGUACAGUGAAACGACGCUCAAAGACUUCUAUUUCUACCACAAUAACAGAGGCUUGAAUGGAACUUCUGCUCUGCAACAUUACAGGCUCGGUGUCGAUGAUGAAGGAAAUGGUUAAUGGCCGCUGCUUAACUGAUUGUUCCGUUUGGUGGGUGGAAGUCGUAGAUCUACGGGAGUGUUUAGGUUGGUUUGAUUUAUUAUUAUUAUUUUAAGCUGGUUGAAUCUGUUAUUUGAAUUUAUAGACUGUUUUUGGAUUCUAAAUAAAAGAAAGUCUAUUUGACACUUUAGUCAUGACCAUUUGGUUGAAAUU